UCUGCUAUGCCAGCAACAAAGACAGAGAAAUUUAAUGUGAGUCGUCAUCCUUUAAACAGUAAUUCUCCUUUGAAACUUCAGAGAUGAAAAUUGAUAUUCAUAGUCACAUUCUACCUAAGGAAUGGCCUGAUCUGAAACAGAGAUAUGGCUACGGUGGGUGGGUCCAGUUGGAUCACCAUUGCAAGGGACAGGCAAAAAUGAUGAAAGAGGGAAAAGUUUUCAGAGUUAUCCAGGAGAAUUGCUGGAAUCCAGAGGUUCGGAUUAAAGAGAUGAAUCAGUCAGGAGUCACUGUACAAGUGCUUUCUACUGUUCCUGUAAUGUUCAGCUAUUGGGCAAGACCUGAAGAUACUUUAGAUCUGUGCCAAUUAUUAAAUAAUGACUUAGCCACCACGGUAAAAAAGUACCCCAGGCGGUUUAUUGGCCUUGGCACAUUACCCAUGCAAGCUCCAGACCUAGCUGUGAAGGAAAUGUAUCGGUGUGUGAAUGAGCUUGGCUUUCCAGGGGUACAGAUAGGAUCCCAUGUCAACGAAUGGGACCUGAAUGCACCAGAACUGUACGAUGUCUAUGCUGCUGCUGAGCAAUUAAACUGUAGCUUGUUUGUGCAUCCCUGGGACAUGCAGACAGAUGGAAGGAUGUCUAAGUACUGGCUUCCCUGGCUUGUAGGCAUGCCAGCAGAAACAACUGUAGCCAUCUGCUCAAUGAUUAUGGGUGGAAUUUUUGAAAAAUUUCCUAAACUGAAAGUUUGCUUUGCACAUGGAGGUGGCUCUUUUCCCUAUACUCUCGGACGUAUUUCCCAUGGGUUUAAUGUGCGCCCUGAUUUGUGUGCAGUGGAUAAUAAUGUCGAUCCAAAGAAAUACCUUGGUUCAUUUUACACCGAUUCACUCGUCCAUGAUCCUAAGGUUCUGAAGCUGCUAACAGACAUAAUAGGAGAGGACAAAGUAAUUUUGGGGACAGAUUACCCUUUUCCACUGGGGGAGCUAGAACCUGGAAAACUGAUUGAUUCUAUGGAAGAGUUUGAGAAAGAAGUAAAGGACAAACUCAAAGCUGGAAAUGCUCUGGAAUUUUUGGGACUUGAUAGAAAACAAUUUGUAUCACUUUGAAAUUACUAGAGAAACCAAACAAGCACAAUGUAGCAUCUUCUAUAUAUCUACAUCAGUGUGUUGUGCAUACCUACACACAGGUAAACAUAUGUUUCUACUAUACUAAUGUCAAAUAAACUCUGCUAAUAAAUGAUUUACUGUUACUGAUCGUAAAAGCAAGGGCACUGGAAAUCUGGGGAUUUCUCUGCAUCCUUAGAUCUUUGAGGAUCCUUCUUUCCUACAGAAUGGGAAAGGUCAUUGCUUCCAGCUGUUAUAACCCACUGAACUUUAAUCAGCACUCUUGAAAAGCUAACUCAGAGAUUUGUGAAUGGCACGCCUUUUCAGUCUUUGCUACCUAGGAAGCCUAAUGAACACAGUUUGAGUGCCAACACUUGCCCAUAUCACUGCUCAUUGUUUCAUCAGAAAUAUCCAUAUGAAUGUGUCUGGGACUAUAAGAUCUUUAGGGCAUAAAUCGUAUUCUCUUAUUUGUGUGGAAAGUGUUUUGCACAUUAUGUUACCAGAAUAAAAAU